GGGUUUGAACCGAGCCAGGCUUUGCAGAUCUAUAUAUAUAUAUAUACUAAUUUUAUUUUCAUACUCUAUUUAUUUAUAAAAAUGAUUUAGUUAAAUUUUAGUUUUAUAUAGUAAAACAUUUUAAUUCUAUUUUAAUUUAAUUGAUACUAAAUUAAAUAACUGUCAAUUCUCAAUUUACCUACACUGCUAAAUUUAAAAAAUACUGUACUAAUAUAUGGAGGAAAAUGAAGAUGAUUUAAGUGUUCCACCUGUAAAAAUAUGCGAGGAAUUAUGCCAAAACUUCGCAAAAAUUACUAAAACAGAUACUGCCUUAGCUCAAUUUUAUUUACAAGAUAGGAAAUGGGAUUUAUAUCUCUCUUUAAAUGAUUAUUUUUUAGAUAAUGAUAUAGAAAUAGAACGAAAAAAUGUGCCUAUUAUUGAAGUUAAAAAAGAUUUUCAUAAAAUCAUAACCUGGAAUCUAAAUGGAUUAGAUAGUAAAAAUUUAGAAAUUAGAAGCAAAGUUAUAUGUGAUAUAGUUAAAAAGGAGAAUCCCAGCCUCAUAUAUCUUCAAGAAGUUGUUCUUGAUUCCUUAAAAAUAAUAGAAGAUGAACUUUCUUACAAAUAUCAUAUCAUACUUGGGCACGAUAAUGCAAAUAAAAUAAAUAAAUUAAAUUAUUUUGUAUGUACUUUGAUCCUGAAAAAUGAUUAUGUACAUAUAUUAGAUUCCUAUUAUACACCCUUUGAAAAUAGUUUUAUGGGAAGAGGUGUAUUGAUAGUUAAAGUAAAUAUAAUGAUACAGGAAGAUAAUAUAUAUAUCAUGUUGAUGAACACUCAUUUAGAAAGCACAAAUCAAAGCCAAUAUAUGAAAGAAAGGAUUAAUCAAUAUACCCAUUGUGUAAAUCUCUCAAACAAUUAUCUGCUAAAUAAAAAUGAGGAUGAAUUAGUGAGCCAAAAUAAGAUGGUACUAUUUGGGGGAGAUCUAAAUAUCAGAGAAAAAGAUAUAGAAAAGGCAAUGAAUACUCAGUCAAGUCCUCGAGAUUUAGAGAUGGUGGAUCUAUGGGAAGCAUCCGGUUCACCCAUGCAAUAUCAAUUCACCUAUGAUGCCUUGUACAAUAGCAAUAUUACAUUUCCCAAAGAUAUAUCCCCUUACGCAAGAUCCUCCAAAGCGGGUAAUUCUUCUAUUAAAACCACGGUCAACAAUGAUUCAGAGUCACGUGUCAAGGGAAGACUUAGGUUCGACCGUUUGUACACUAUGUACUCUAUAAAUCGAUUUGGAAUAUUAAAUGAAUCUUCCAUAAAAGAUUCUGACAUAGAAAUCAAUUAUCACCUUAAGUAUAAACAUGACCCAAAAUGUGAUGACGAUAAUAGGAAGAAGAUGAGAAAGAUGAGUCCUAUUAGAGAAGAUAUGUUAUGUUCAAAGCAGAAAGAUAUGGAUCCACUAAAGGUUGUCAAAUCUUCCCUCAAAGCAAAAGAUCUUGUUAAAACCCCGAAAUUUAUGAUGAAAGUGGGAGAAUUUAACUUCGUAGGAAUCGAGAAAAUGAUUUACCAAGACAGGACCUUUCAGACUCCUCCUAGUGAUCAUUGGGGCAUCUCUGUCAUGAUUAAUUUUUCAAUGUCUGAUGAUUAAUAAAAAAUUAUUAUA